ACCCUUAUCUCCAUCUCCCAAACUGCAACCAUGCUUGGCUUACCAGGCUCAUUCCUCAGAGCCCCGUACUCUCAGGCAGCUCACCCGUCCAGUUUCCUCAAUGGUUCCAUUCCUCGUUCUCCCAAACUUCCCAUCCCAUCUUCUUCCUAUCCGCCUCCUGCUCCCUCGUCUCUCUCCAUCCAAGCCAUGAAGAAGCUCCAGGGCCGCGUAGUAUGCGCAACCAACGAUAAGACAGUGGCCGUGGAAGUCAUCCGCCUUGCACCUCACCCCAAGUACAAGCGCCGUGUCCGGAUGAAGAAGAAGUAUCAGGCCCAUGACCCCGAUAAUCAGUUCAAGGUUGGGGAUUUCGUCCAGCUCGAGCAGUCUCGCCCUAUCAGCAAGACCAAAACCUUCAUCGCCACUCCUGUUCUCUCCCGCAAUGCUACCAAGCCCGCCGAGCCUCUACCCUCUUUGGUCCUCGACCUGCCGCUCCAGUCGCAGGGGAGAUCACAAUUCCAGAACUAGGUUGAGCAGGAUGUAGCGGGAGAGGCAAAGUAAGAUGGGAAAGAACCUAAGAUUUUCAUAUUUUGUCGGUUAUUUUACUUUUGCUUUGUGGAAAUUUGGAUUCGUAGAAUAUUUGCCAUUGGUUGAUGGAAUGCCUGAGAUAAUGUAUCUGUUGUUGGUUAUAUGCGCUUAUUUUGAUUUAAGAGUUAUGAUUUAAACUUUUGAGGUCA